AUGGAUAGUGAUGGUGCAGUGGCAGGAACUGAGCUUGUUAUAGAGACGGAAAAGAAAAGAUUGACUGUGCUAUAUCUUUGCUCAAGUCCACAUCCACACGAACAGGAUGAACAAAGUGCUAUUAGCGACGACGAAGACAACGACCUGGACUCGCACUCGGAAGGAACGACAUCCCCUAGAGAGCUGUCAUAUUCCAAACACCCCGAUCAUCUAAAGAAUAAGUUCCUGGAUCGCCUUGCUGAGAUAUUUGCUCGCCAGAAAAGCAUCCGCAGCUCGAAGGCACUCAAGUCAAACGAUGCUCACCAUGUUACGGCUUCAGCGUUGUCUUACUAAAUUGGAAACAUGGUCGUGUAUCUAGCUAAUAAUAACGGGUUCGAUGAACAUGAUAGAAAGGUAAUAGCAAGGCUUCAGACCUGGCUUCGAGCGAUAUCAGCCUGUGGACAACGUCCGGAAUUUACUGGUUGUUUGAUGGGAAAGUAUUGGUGGAGCACAAUCACAGUCAAAUCCUUUUUUACAUCCGGGAAUUCAUCCAGAAAAAGGAUAUUAUGAGACUUCAAACGGAUAACACGGAAUUACCGAUGCUGCUAAGGCACUGUUAUUCUUUCCAUCAGGACGAGAGAGACGAUGACCUAUUAAGCUCGGUCCUGAAAUUAUCCUACGCGCUGUAAAACAAAUUAGUUCCAAUGUCUAAUGGAAUGAC